UAAUUGACUACUUGCAAAGCAUGAUGGUACAGAGGAAUCGUUUUGCUAAAAAGUCGGUCCAACUUGUCUAUCGACUGCAAAACAUUCCAAUUUUCUCGCGAAUUAAGAAUUGAACAAGAUCAAAGUAAUAUUGGAAGGAGAGAACUGGUAAUACGUUAACCGAAGAUGCCACGAAUCAUCAUUAAAGGUGGUGUGUGGAGAAAUACAGAGGAUGAAAUCCUUAAAGCAGCUGUGAUGAAAUAUGGGAAGAACCAGUGGUCUAGAAUUGCAUCUCUUCUGCAUAGAAAAUCGGCCAAACAGUGCAAGGCUAGAUGGUAUGAAUGGCUUGAUCCAAGUAUAAAAAAGACUGAGUGGAGCCGCGAGGAAGACGAAAAGCUUCUUCACCUGGCCAAAUUGAUGCCGACCCAGUGGCGGACUAUCGCCCCACUUAUCGGACGUACUGCUGCCCAGUGUCUGGAGAGAUAUGAGUACCUUUUAGAUCAAGCUCAAGCGAAAGAGGGUGACAAGGAGGAGGGUGACGAUCCACGCAAGCUCCGCCCAGGGGAGAUCGACCCCAACCCUGAGACAAAGCCGGCACGACCAGAUCCUAUUGACAUGGACGAGGAUGAACUUGAGAUGUUGUCUGAGGCCCGUGCACGUCUUGCUAACACCCAGGGAAAGAAAGCGAAGCGUAAAGCCAGGGAAAAACAACUAGAGGAGGCAAGACGACUGGCUGCGCUGCAGAAGAGGAGGGAGUUGAGGGCCGCUGGUAUUGACAUAAGAAAACACAGAAAAAAGAAACGAGGGGUGGAUUACAAUGCCGAGAUUCCUUUCGAGAAGAAGCCUGCCUCUGGUUUUUAUAACACCUCAGACGAAAAUCUCCCUGACUACCAGCCAGACUUCAAGAGGCUUCGUCAGGAUCACCUGGAAGGAAAGAUGAGAGAUGAGAUUGAACAGCAAGAACGCAAAAAAGAUAAGGAGCGCAUGAAGAAGAAGAAAGAAAGCGACCUACCAGGAGCAGUUAUGCAAAUCAACAAGAUGAACAACCCUGACCAUGUAAAGAAAAGAAGCAAACUUGUUUUGCCAAAGCCUCAGAUCUCUGAUGGGGAACUGGAAGAGAUUGUCAAGAUGGGCUAUGCCAGUGAAGUUGCACGAGCUUCUGUGGAGAAUGGUGGACAGGCAUCUGACGCCUUACUUAGUGAAUACUCAGUUACACCUGCCAUCAACAAGGCACUGAGAACACCACGAACACCCGCCGAACAGGAUACUGUACUGCAAGAAGCACAGAACAUCCUGGCCCUGUCCAAUGUGGACACGCCCCUCAAAGGGGGUCUAAACACCCCUAUGCAUGAAAGUGAUUUCCAGGGUGUAACUCCAAGACAGCAAGCUAUUCAGACGCCCAAUAUGCUGCUUAGCACCCCUUAUAGGACCCCAGGCGAGGGCGAGGGCUCUACUCCUCGUCAAGGCAUGACACCCCGCGGAGCCACCGGUACGCCUAGCCAGAGGUCUGUCCGUGAUAAGCUUAACAUCAACCCUGAAGAUGCUGUAAUGGAGGAGUAUGAAUCAGAGUGUGCCGCCAAGCAGCAACAGAGUGAGGCCAAGGAACAGCUUCUUGCAGGGCUAGCCAGCCUUCCAGCCCCCUCCAAUGACUUUGAGAUUGUGCUACCAGAGACCCCUGCAGAGGCCUCUGAGGAGCACAAAACCAUGGAUUUUGUGGAAGAUGCUGCUGAUAUAGACGAGAGAGCUCUUGCUCUCAGAGCUAAGCAAGAGGAGUUAGAAAGGCGACGCAGGUCUCAGGCUGUCCAGCGUGAGCUUCCACGCCCAUCUAAUGUGAACACAUCAGUCCUGCGACCAACCAAUGUUGAGCCCCCCCUGUCAGCACUCCAGAUGGCAGAAGAGCUGAUCAAGAAAGAGAUGAUAGUGAUGCUUCGGAAUGACAUUAUAAAUCACCCAACAAGCCAGCAGAUUGAGUCCCUGACCAACAAGAAGACUCGAAACGCUGCACAGGCAGUCAUUACAGGCAACCGUGCCGCAUUAGAGAGAGAUCCCAUGGAGAACUUCACAGAUGAGGAGUUGUCAAGUGCCAAGAACCUCUUGCGUCAGGAGAUGGAUUUUGUCAAGUCCAAAAUGGCUCACAGUGACCUACCACUAGAGGCUUACUCUAAAGUCUGGGAGGAGUGUUAUGCCCAGGUUUUGUUUUUGCCAUCUCAACAAAGGUAUACCAGAGCAGCCAUGGCAAGCAAGAAGGACCGAUUGGAAUCCCUGGAGAAGAGACUUGAGCUGAACAGAUACCAGAUGACAGAGGAUGCCAAGAAAGCAGCUAAGAUCGAGAAGAAACUCAAAGUUCUUCUUGGUGGCUAUCAAACUCGGGCUGUUGGUCUUACAAAGCAGUUAUCAGACCUUCACGAACAACUAGAACAAUCUCAGGUCGAGAUGACAACAUUCCAAGCCCUCCGUAACCAGGAACUUCAGGCGAUACCUAAACGACUCGAGGCCCUUAAAGAAGAUGUUCAGCGACAGACAGAGCGCGAGAAGCAACUGCAGGCCCAGUACUCCGAGCUGCUAUACGAGAGAGACAGCUUACUCUCAAAGCUACAAAUCUAAUAGGAACUCCCACUGCCUCCCAUGUUAUGUCUAGUCUGUAUGUAUCAGGACCUACAUAUCUCCCCUACAACAGUUUCUCUCAAACCAACAGAUUAAACAGGUCCUCUGUUAUUACAGAUGUUAAAACUUAGCCAGCAUUUGAAGAAAUAUGAAAUUCUAGUCUUUUUGGUGUCAGAAGCCGCUCGGCAGAUACGCCUUCGGCAGUUGUUCGUUACGCCUUCGGCAGUUGUUCGUUGUGCCUUUGGCAGUUGUUCGUUGUGCCUUCCAAUGUUUGUUGGUAGACAAGAAACCGGAAUUUGCUUUAAAGAGGGUGGAAUGGGGCUGCAGAGAUUUAGAUCAAACCCGUACCUAGGGGGGGAGGGUGCAAACACAAACACAAACACAACGGCCGAAGGUCCACUUUCGGUUCCCAAUGGACAUGCUAGAUAUGGAGAUACUGCAACACAUUAAAAAAAUCGGGGAUAGUCAGAUUUUUAUUAGAAAACUUAUUCCCUUCCUCCCCCCCCCCCCCCCCCCCCCCCCCGCAAAAGUUUGGUCCACUUUUUCCGAUUUCGCACCCCCCCCCCCCCCCCCCCCACCCCAAGAAAAUCCUGGGUACAGGCCUGGAGAUUCUUUAUAUCUGUUUUUGGCGGGGAAGGAGGUGACUGCACUCCUAAUUGUUGUGCUUUUGUGCUUAAGACUUCUCAAGUUCAGCGUUCCUUUCUUAUUUUAACUUCUUGAGGUCCCUAAAACAUUUGUAACGUCUAGAGUGCAUGAAAUAAAACCGAGAUAAUUACUA